GGGAAAGCGGCAGAGUUGCUCCCGUCGCUGGGAUUUCUUCCAGGAUAAGUGUGUACACAUAUGUGUUGGUGCUGGAGCUUUCUUCUUACAUGUUCUGAGGCUCUGAGCUCCAAAUAUGAUCUGAUUCAUGAGGUCUAACCUGUUUGAAAGAAGGAAAAUUUAGCAUAGAGAGAUUGGGUGUGGUCAGGUUGACAGUGGUGCUCAACAUGCUCGUCGAGUAUUUAGCUCGCUAGCACGGUUAGCAGUAGCAGGGAUUCGCUAAUGCUAAACGGAGUACGCAACCUCUGCUCUAUGCUCCGACGGUCAGGCCGCAACCCCAAGCAUCACAAGUGAAUUCUGCAGUAGUUCCCCAUGCCAUGGGCUCCAAAUCCAACAGCAGACCGGCAGCGCGAGUAGCUCUUUCCAUGGCGCCGGCGAUGGCCUGCCUCCGGCGCGCCACGCCCUUGCCGAUCAAGUCCUGAUCGUGUGCAGCAGGCGGAGAAGCGCCGGCAAAUUUCGGGCCGCGAAGCAAGCGAGCUCCUCCGUCCCCGAGACCCCGAGGCACCGUGCUCCAGGUGUUCGAUGAAAUGCCUCACGGAGAGCGCGGAGCGGAUGCAGGUGGGCGUGCGAGGGUUGUCGACAUUUCGUGCACGAGUGGUUAGUGACACGCCUGGAUGGGCGCAGAGCUGGGAGAGAGGAUGGUUCAAUGUGUAGGAAGAGACGACGUCGAAGACGGCCCGCCGGCACCGUUUAGGAUGGCUUUCUGCGCAACAGUCUGAACAGUUGGAAUCCUUCAAUAGUCAGGUAAUUGUCUGCUUUCAUUGCAAACACACCCAAAUGUUUGUCUAGACUCUAGAAUCGAGUAAUUCACCAACUCACCACGAACUUUCUUCUUGAUGCAAAGAUACAUCUCCUGUCUAUUCUUGAAUUAUGUUAUGUCACCAUCUUUCGAAAGUUCAAUACUGAAAUGGUCCUUGUCUAAAGUUCAUUUUCUUUAUCUAAUUCUGUGGGCAUACGUAUUUUUUUUCUUUGGGUGGGCAGCCAUAUUUCUUAUACAAGGAAAAGGACUAUAUACAAUGAAAUUGUCAUGAUCAUCUGUUCCUUAGUUGUUUAGUGCUUGUUAAGCUUUCAAGUACAUGGAACCCUUUCAAGUAGCCUAGUGUCCAUUGCUCUUUUGGUUUACAGUGUUCCGCACUCAACCUUCUUUCAGUCUGAGGUUAUGAACAAAUCUGUGGUCUCAAUGUCAAGCAAGACAAUCAUUAGGGUUUACAUUACCUGUCCAUGUCAUAUAGUCAAUGUUCGAUACUGUGUUUUCUUUCUCUUCUUGAAUACUUACGUCUUAUCUUGUAUUCUUAUUAUCGCCACGUAUGCUAUUAGGUAAGCCUUCUUAUCUAGCAGAAUUUUCUGCUAGUUCUGUGUUGUUGCAUGUUUUUCUACCUACUAUUUAUAUACGACUACCUGAGGUUCAUAUUGUUAAAAAUGAGAAGCACUGCCACUGCUGAUCUGUUUGGGGCUACAUACUAGCAUGGAGAAUAUCUCAGUAGGCCGUUGGUGUCUGUCCUAAUAGUCUAGGGUUCUUUUCUUUUUUCAUUUUGCCAGCCUUAAUAUCAGUUUAUUCUUUAUUGUAAUUUGCUUAGAGCUGACUAAAACAUGUCAGAAUCAGACAAUUGCCAUCUUUUUAGCUAUUUUGGUUACAUUUUCUUGAUCUUGCUCUGUUCAGUUGGCUGUCGCUGGUAGCCGGUGCUGAUUUGCUGUAAGAGAAAAGUACUGCUGGCUGGCUACUAGUUGGUGGCUGAUGCUGAUUUGGUGUGAGAGAAGAACACUGCUGACUGGCUAGCUGAGAAGCCAGUUGAACAGAGCGCAUGUUUACAUCACGAUGUAGUCUUUCUCCUUUUCGUGCUUAUAUGUUUUGGCACAUGUUUACAACACUACUGACUGGCUGGCUGAGAAAAACACUACUGACUGUUUUUUUUUGGCGUGCUUAUAUGUUUUGGCACAUGUAUCAUUUGUGUCACCAUUCCAUAAUCCUCUAUAUCUAGCAGAGUUGAGGGUGCCAGUGUACCACUCCCUCAGCGUUAUGUUUACAUCACGAUAUAGGCUUUCUCCUUUUCACAUUGAAUUGCAGCAUGGCAAAUUCUGUAGCUGUUACCUUGCCUUUCUCCCUGUUCUCUUUUCUUGCUCUUACUUAUUGGGUAAUUUUGUUUCUUUAGUUUGAUUUAGAUGUGUAUAUUUUUUGUUCACUCAUUCAUCAUCAUGUAUUACAAAGUCAACCUGUGCUCUUUCUCCUUUUAUUGUUGAACCGUAGUAUUGCCACUUUCUUAUCUGGUGUUACUUAAUGGGGAUGAUUCUGUUUGUAUAUGUUUGGGUUGGAUGUGUAUCUUAUAGGAUGUGUAUCUUAUAAGUCACUCUUCCACCAUUUUGUAUAUUUAAGUAUCGAUUGUACAGUUGAUUGUACAAGUAUCGAUGUACAGUUGACUAAAUCAUGCUGGCUUAUAUAUCUAGAUAGAUCAAUUACCUGUCCUGACAUGAUAAGUGAAUUGGGUUUGCUGGAAAGGGACAUUGUCAUGCACUCUACAAAUAUUAUGUGUAGCUGAAAAUAUUAUAGUAAACAAAGUUGAAUAUCAUCCAAGUUUCCAUGUCAGCAUGUUUUUGGAAUCUGUUGGCCAUCAGACAUGGACAAAGUCUCAGUUUUGUGUCAUUGCCUUGUCAUCAGCAAUCAUUGCAACUCGUGUCAUUUUCUUUUCUGCAAUUAUACUAUUAUGGCUUCCUUGUGAAGCCUAUUGGGAACCAGAAAUAAUCAGGAAACUUUGGUCUGAAACACUCUUAUUCUGUUAUUAGAGUUUAGCAGGCCAAUAUAUAUGUAUACCGUGCAACAUAACUCAAACAGCUGUUCCAUUCGCAAAAGUAAGAUAUGGAAGGCGUUAUCUUUAGUUUAACUGAGGGUGCGGUGAGGAGUCUCUUGUGCAAACUUGGUUGCCUUCUCUCCCGGGAAAGUUGGUUGGUUCAGAGCAUCCAUGGUGAUAUGCAAUACAUCAAGGAUGAGCUCGAGAGCAUGAAUGCCUUCCUUCGCACCCUCACCACGUCAGAGGGCCAUGACGACCAAGUGAGAAUCUGGAUGAAGCAAGUGAGGGAGAUUGCCUAUGAUGCCGAGGACUGCAUUGAUGAGUUCAUCCAUCAUCUAGGUGAGCCAUCUGGAAUGGGCUUCAUUCGACAAUUAAUGUGUAUAUCUGGCACACUAGUCUGUCGCCGCCGAAUUGCCAUCCAGCUACAAGAACUGAAGGUCCGUGCCCGGGAUGUUGGUGAGCGGCGAUCACGUUACGGUGUGGUGCAUCCAAGGACUGUGCGUAGAGGAGGUAGCCGGCAACUCAGCAAGCAUGCAUCUCUUCACCUUGAUCCACAGCUGCAUGCUCUGUUUACAGAAGAGGCUCAGAUGGUAGGCAUUGAUGAGCCAAGGGAUGCACUCGUAAGCUGGCUGAUGGAAGAUGAUCCCCGGCUUCGCGUGGUAGCCAUUGUUGGAUUCGGUGGCCUUGGCAAGACCACGUUGGCAAGGAUGGUGUGUGAAAGCCCAAUGAUUAAAGGUGCUGAUUUUCAAUGCUGUCCAUUGUUCAUUGUGUCGCAGACCGUCAACAUCAGGACCCUGUUUCAGCACAUGAUAAGGGAGCUGAUCCAGCGCCCACAAAAGGCAAUGGCAAUAGCUGGAGGCAAGCAUGGCCAUUUAACAGAAGAAAACUUUAAGGGAAUUGAAAGGUGGGAGGUUGCAGUAUUGGCUGAGAAGCUCAGGCGAUAUUUGCAAGACAAAAGGUACAUUAUGAUCCUUGAUGACAUAUGGACUAUAUCAGCAUGGGAGAGCAUCAGAUGUGCACUGCCUGAAAAUAAGAAGGGUAGCAGGGUAAUUAUAACCACAAGGAAUGAAGAUGUGGCCAAAACAUGCUGUUCUCAUCCCCAAGAUUGGAUUUACAAAAUCCAGAGAUUAUCUGAUGCUACAUCACGUGAACUAUUUUUCAAAAAGAUCUUUGGCUCGGCAGAUAAACUACCAACUGAUGACUUGGAGGAAGUAUCAAACUCCAUUUUGAAGAAAUGCGGAGGGUUGCCUUUGGCAAUAGAGAGCAUUGGCAGCCUUCUUGCAAGCAAGAUAAAUAGAUCCAAGCAGGAGUGGCAGAAGGUUUGUGACAACUUAGGCUCUGAACUGGAAAGUAAUCCUACUCUGGAAGGCGCGAAGCAAGUCUUGACCUUGAGUUAUGAUGAUCUACCCUACCAUCUGAAGGCUUGCUUCUUAUAUCUAAGUAUUUUCCCUGAAAAUUAUGUGAUCAAGAGGGGACCAUUGGUGAGAAGGUGGAUAGCUGAAGGUUUUGUCAGUCAAAGGCAUGGAUUAAGCAUGGAGCAGGUUGCAGAAAGUUACUUUGAUGAGUUUGUGGCUAGAAGCAUUGUACAGCCUGUGAGAAUUGAUUGGAAUGGGAAGGUGAGGAGCUGCAGAGUUCAUGAUAUAAUGCUAGAAGUUAUCGUCUCCAAGUCACUUGAGGAGAACUUUGCAUCGUUCUUAUGUGAUAACACAAGCUUAUUGGUCUCUCACGACAAGAUUCGUCGCCUUUCCAUCCAUAGUUGUCACAAGUUGGUUCAGACAACCAGUGCCAGUGUAUCUCAUGUUCGCUCCUUCACAAUGUCAGCUUCUGUCGAGGAAGUCCCAUUCUUCUUUCCACAGCUUCGGCUGCUACGAGUACUUGACAUGCAAGGCUGCAGUUACUUGAGCAUGAACACAUUGGAGUGUAUCUGCAAAUUUUUCCAGCUUAAGUACCUAAGCCUCAGAAAUACCAAGGUCUGCAAGUUACCACGGCUACUAGGAAAUCUGAAGCUCCUGGAAACGCUGGACAUUAGGGCAACACUAGUCAAGAAACUACCGGCCAGUGCAAAAAAUCUCAGUUGCAUGAAGCAUCUAUUGGUUGGGCACAAGGAGCAACUUACAAGGACAGCCAGUGUCAAGUACUUAAAACCAUGCUCAGGCGUGGAGAUGGCUCCUGGGGUGGUCAAGAAUAUGGCAGCUCUCCAAUCACUUGUCCAUAUAAUGGUCAAGGAGCAAUCAUUGGUGCUGCGAGAGAUCGGUUUGCUGCAAAAACUAAGGAAGCUCAAUGUUCUGUUCCGCAAUGUGGAAGUGAAUUGGAAAGCUUUUGUUGAGUCACUGGGAAAAUUGGCAAGCUCUCUAAGCUCACUCUCCAUUCACAUUCUUGAUGAAAAGGAGCAUAGCUCAUCUUUGGACAUUCUAGCUUAUGUCGAGUCACCUCCACUACUUCUUACCAAUUUUAGUCUCACAGGCAAAUUAAAGAGUCUACCUCCUUGGAUAUCAUCACUUCGAAACGUGUCCAGGUUUACUGUUCGAAAGACCCAACUCCACGCCGAGGCUAUAGAAGUUCUUGGAGACCUUCCAAAUCUACUCUACCUCAAGCUCUAUCACAACUCGUAUGUUGAUGACUGCAUAGUAUUUUGCAGCGGUAAAUUUACAAAGCUCUGCAUGUUGGUUAUUGAUAAUUUGGAGAACACCGAAAUGGUGCGCUUCGAGGAAGGUUCAGUGCCGAAUCUUGAGAGGCUGACUUUAUCAUUCCUUCGAGAACCUAAAGAUGGGAUUUCAGGUCUUCAGAACCUCCAAAAGCUCAGGGAGAUUGAGUUCUUUGGUAACAUCAUAUUAUCCGUGGUGAAUAAAGUGGUAUCAUGUGUGAAGACACAUCCAAACCAUCCAAGAGUUAUCGGUGACAAAUGGAAUAUUGUAACUGAAUACGCUUAAGUGGCAAACCCAGUAGCAUAUAAUUUGGCAUUACGCAUCCUAUUCAUGGAAGUGGUUUGUUACUUUAAGCAAUAGAAUAAUGUACGCUAAUCUGCAGUGCAGUUCAUUGUAUUGUAUUAUAUGAUACUAAGUGUUAUAUGAGUUACUUUGCUUGCACCACCAGUAGUGUACUUUUCUAGCAAGUGAAAAUUGAUGGUAGUUUGGUGAUU